ACGUUUUAGGAAUCAGAGAUGUCAUCCGAACUAGAGAAAAUGCAAAAGCCAAAGAAGGACAUGGAUUUGUUGCAUACUCGCACAGGUGGUGCAUAUAUCCCGCCAGCUAAACUUAAAAUGAUGCAAGAGCAGAUCAGCGAUAAGAAUAGUGAAAUGUAUCAGAGAUUGAAUUGGGAGCGCCUGAAGAAACGAAUUCAUGGGCAGGUGAACAAAGCGAAUACUGGUAAUUUGCUUAAUGUCAUACGAGAUUUGUUGCGAGAAAACAUCAUCCGAGGAAGAGGUUUGUUGGCACGAUCAAUAAUCCAAGCACAGUCAUAUUCACCAACAUUCUCCAAUGUAUAUGCAGCAUUAGUUGCUGUUAUUAACAGUCAUUUUCCAAAUAUUGGGAUGUUGAUCAUUCAUCGAUUGCUAAUACAAUUUAAACGGUGUUAUAAGCGAAACGACAAAACCUCUACUGUUACAAUAUCCAAAUUUAUUGCUCAUCUUAUCAACCAGCAAGUAAUUCACGAAAUCCUUGCAUUAGAAAUGAUGAUAUUAAUGCUUGAAAAUCCAACUGAUGAUUCAGUGGAGGUCACGAUAGCAUUUUUGAAAGAAUGUGGUGCUAAACUAUCUGAAAUUUCGCCUCGUGGCUUAAACGCAAUUUUUGAUCGGUUACGAAGUAUUCUAAGUGAUUCGGAUAUAGACAAAAGAAUUCAAUACAUGAUUGAAGUUAUUUUUCAUAUUCGGAAGGACAAAUUUCAGGCUUAUCCUGCAUUGACUGAUGAUUUAGACUUGAUAGAAGAAGACGAUCAGAUAACACAUACCAUCACGUUGGAGGAUCCACUUAUGCCUGAAAAUGAAUUAAACGUGUUUAAAUACGAUCCUGAAUUUGAAAAACAUGAGGUAGAAUACGAAGAAAUUCGACGUGAUGCAGUUGGUUUGCCAGAGGAAGAUUCAAAUGAAGAGGAGGGCGACGCGACACCAGAUGAAGAGAUAACAGAAGCUCUGCAAGGAGAGAAACAGAGUACGAUGAUCAUCGAUAACACAGAGCAGAACUUGGUAGCAUUUCGGCGCAACAUUUACUUGACAAUUCAGUCUUCCCUCGACUUUCAGGAAGCAGCUCAUAAAUUGCUUAAAAUUGAUUUGAAAAGUGGUCAAGAUGUGGAGCUUUGCAAUAUGAUCGUGGAUUGCUGUGCUCAGCAAAGAACUUACGAAAAAUUUUAUGGUUUACUAGCGGAACGAUUUUGCCGACUUCGCAAGGAAUUUCAAGAAGCAUUCGAGCGGAUUGCUCGCGAUACUUACAACACGAUACAUCGAUUUGAAUACAACAAACUGCGCAAUAUGGCCUGCUUAGUGGCUCAUCUUCUUUCAACGGAUGCCAUUUCAUGGGUUAUCUUGGACCAGAUAUCACUGAAUGAGGAGGAUACAACUUCUUCUGGACGAAUAUACAUUAAAAUAGUGUUCCAGGAACUUGCCGAAUUUUUAGGCGUGGAAAAUCUGUUACAGAGAAUUCGAGAUCCAACAAUGCAGUCUUCCUUCGACAAAAUAUUCCCUCGUGACAAUCCGAAUAAUACACGCUUUUCGAUCAAUUUCUUUACUACGAUAGGUCUUGGAUACCUCACGGUCGAUCUAAGACUGCAUUUAGACCAAGCUCGAAAAACAACCAAAGCUAGAGAAGAAGUUUCAUCGUCCUCAGAAAGUUCAUCAAGUGAAUCAGAUUCGGAUGAAAGCAGCAGCGACUCAACUUCCAGUACAUCUUCAUCAGAGACCGAUGAUAGCGAUGAUAAUGAGAAAUCGAGACAUAAUACGAAAAUUUUGCAAAAAAACAAACAAAUGGAAAAAAUACCGGAAAUUGUCGAGAAAAAAAGCCAUUCGUCAAAGAAUAUUGGUCGGAUGAAUGAAAGUAGUAAGGAAGAUGGAUUUUAUGAUAGAGUAAGCAAAGUAAUGGGUGACAAACAUGGAAUUAACAGAGAGAAAAUGAAAAUACGAAGUUAUGACAGGAAAAGUGAUAGGGAAAUGCGAAGGAAAUAUGACGACAAAAGGACUAGUGAUGAAGCGGAGGUACCAAAUGAAACGGAGAACAAAAAAUUCAUCAUGGGCAGUGAGAACAUCGAGGAACAACGAAAUGAAAAAAGAAAGGGUGAUAGAACUGAACGGAGGAAGCAUGAAAUGGAAGGACGAAUACGUAGUAAUAAAGAGAAAAGAAGAGAUUCAAUCGAUUUAGAAAAUCGAGGGAAGAAUACAAAUAAUGAGAAAUCUGAUCAAAAUGACCGCCAAGGUAGAACCAAUAAAAGCAAACGAGAGCAACCUAAAAGGAAGCACGAGGUUGCUGGAGUGAAUAAAUAUAAAAACAAACGUCGGAGACACGACUGAAUUCCAGGAAGCUUACUUAAAAUUUAACGGCAUUCGUAAGACAUGUUUGUCGUAUUAGAGGAAGCUAGGCAUCACCUGAUACCUUUUGUUCAUCAGCUUUAUGAUAGUUUUUGGCGUUCUAGAUGCAAGGUUUUUAAAUUGAGGGUAGGACAAUACAUAGCUUGCUUCUAAUCGAAAUGAUAAUUAUAUCACGAUAUUUUUGUUGGAGCAUUGUAUGGAUAUGUUGUUGCAGAUGUUUAUUCCAGUGUUGUUUUUAUUUCUGAAAUGAUUGUUGUAUAAAAUUCG